AUGCUGUCACUCGAGAACCAAUGGGAGUUAAUUUACGUGUACUUCAGGAUGGGGCUCCGGCAGAAGGAGAUGGUGAAGGCCCGUCUUUUCCGAAUGCCCUUUGCCGAGCUCAGGAACCGGCACAUCUUCCUGGAGCGCCGGGGGCUCUACCAAACUCCGUACAAAGGCCAGACCCAAACCGGUAACCCGAAACUGAAGGACAUCCUUCAGCUUCCGGAAAAAGACUUCCUGGCCAGCCUGGCCCACGCCACCCCAGAGGAGUACGAGGUCUUCAAGAAGCUGCUGGCUCGAGAGGAGGAAGAAGCAGAGGAGGAGGAAGAAGAGGACAGGGAUGCACUAUAUGCAGAGGAAAAUGAAGACUUGGACAGUGAAGGAAGUAAAACAGCCCAGGAGUAAAGAGGUGAGGCUCCCAGGUGCCCGAGCUCUCCCCAUGCUGGUGCAGUCCCUGGCCCCACUGCACUCAUGGGUGCCCUGGGCCCCCACCCCACACAGGCACGAGCUGUGGUGGCUGCAGGA